CUGGCUCAUGGGAGAAGAGGAGGGAGACUCACAGUCAGCCGGGACUCCUUGUGGCACCAUGUGGCUCGUGCAGUGCAUCUUGCUCUGUUUCUCCCUGUCAUUUGUCCUGAGUGGUCAGCAUAUGCUGAGCACUCCAAGUGAGCCCGGUGUGCUCCAUUGUGGGAAGCAGAGUUUCGAGUUCACUGUCAACCUUCUCAGCCGAGACGGAAUGCUGCCUGUGUUCAUAGCUUGGGACCACCAAGGGCUUCCACACAGGCUGCUGAACAACUCUGAGUGUGGCAUGUGGGUGAGGGAGGACCCUGGUGGCUCAGUGAUAUUGGAAGCCAACUAUAGGGGCUGCUAUGUCAAGGAGUGGGGCUUUCACUACAUCCUGUCGAUUGGGGUGGAAGAGGCAGAUGCAGCUGGACACACAGUGCUCACGAAGAGGCUACUCAAGUGUCCCAUGACUCUUCCAGCUCAAGAUGCUCCAGGUGCUGACCUGUGUAAUUCCAUGCCUGUGGAGGACAGAUUACUGUGUGUGUCUCCUCCAACUUCUCAAGGAGACUGUGAAGAGCUGGGCUGCUGCUUCAGCCCUGCAGGAGAAGCCAGUUCCUGUUACUAUGGAAACACAGUGACCUCACAUUGUAGAGAGGGCCACUUCUCCAUUGCUGUGUCCCGGGAAGUAGCCUCUCCCCCACUGCACUUGGAUUCUGUGCGCCUGGUCCUUGGGAAUGACAGCGGGUGUGAGCCCGUGAUGGUAACCAGUGCCUUCGUCCUCUUCCGGUUUCCAUUUACUUCCUGUGGGACCACAAGCUGGGUCACUGGAGACAAGACAGUGUAUGAAAAUGAGUUAAUUGCCAAAAGAGAUGUGAGAACUUGGGGUCAUGGCUCUAUCACUCGUGACAGCAUCUUCAGGCUUCGAGUCAGCUGCAGCUAUUCGUUAAACAGUAACACACUCCCAGUUCAUGUCCAGGUGUUAACCAUUUCACCACCCCUCCCCAAGACCCAGCCUGGACCCCUCACUCUAGAACUUCAGAUAGCCAAAGAUAAGAACUAUGGCUCCUACUAUGUGGCUAGUGACUACCCAGUGGUGAAGUUCCUUCGGGAUCCAAUCUAUGUGGAGGUCUCCAUCCUUCACAGGACAGACCCCAACCUGGGGCUUUUCCUACAGCAGUGCUGGGCUACAACUAGCCCCAACCCCCUGCACCAUCCACAAUGGCCCAUUCUGGUAAAAGGCUGCCCCUACACUGGAGACAACUACCAGACUCAGAAGAUCCCUGUGGAGAGAUCGCUGCCAUUUCCCUCGCACCACCAGCGCUUCAGUUUCUCUACCUUCAGUUUUGUGGACUCUGCAAGGGCAAAGCAGGCUCUGAGUGGACAGGUGUUUCUGCACUGCAGUGCAUCUGUGUGCCAGCCUGCAGGGAUGCCAUCCUGCAUGGUCACCUGUCCUCCUGCCAACCGAAGAAGAAAAUCUGACCUGUAUUUUCAAAACAGUACUGCAAGCAUUUCUAGUAAAGUCCCCGUGAUUCUACUCCAAGCUGUUAAGGAUCCUUCAGAAAAACCCCGUAAAUCUACAGGUGCUCCUGUGGAUCCCCAGGCUCUGUGGGUGGCAGGACUUGCUGGCACCUUCAUCAUUGGAGCCUUGUUAGUAUCCUAUUUAGCUAUCAGGAGACAGAAGUGAGGUACUCAGACCAAAUGUGUCAAUAAAACUAGACUGCAAUCCCA